GCUCGCGUGCGCUCGUCGCUGUCGGCGAUGCCGGCGUUCCUUCUGGCACAUUGCGUCCACCGUGCGGCCGAUAUGAACGGCGGUCCGACGACGCCGGCGCGCUACGCCGCGUCCGGCGCACCGGCGGCGGCCGCUCUGCCCGCGGCCUGCGCCCUGCGCUCCCCGACCGGCCGGCAGCCCAAGUGCGCCCGCUGCCGGAACCACGGCCGCCGCCGAUUGGUGCGCGGUCACAAGCGCCACUGUCCCUUUCGGGAGUGCACCUGCGAGAAGUGCGAGCUCAUUGCCGAACGCCAACGCGUCAUGGCCAAGCAAGUGGCCCUGAGGAGGGCGCAAGCAGCCGCCGAAUCCACGGGCCACCAGCUGAUGACUGAUGACGAGAACGACGUCGAUCCUGCCAGCCCUGUGCUCGGCUUGCACGUUGCUCCUCCGUCGCAGUGGAAUUCGGGCGACGCCGUGGCGCCCGACCCGACGUCCCCGCUCGCACAGGGAACGUCGGCCUUUGCUGCCGCAGGUAUCCUCGAGGAACUGCGGAAGCGCCGGUACGUUCAAGACGCCCUCGCCUGCCUUGCCAACGCUCUCGCCGUCUCCGGUGCUGAGGCGCCGCCGCUCGUUUACCUGUACGCGCUCCUGCGGGAGACAAACUUCAGCGUCGAUCGUGCCUUUUCCCGGCUUCUGGAAGCUCGUCUCGAGGUCCAGUCGUUGGCGAUUCAAGACUCAUUGCAAAAGCAGCCGGCCCUGCAGAUGUGGUCGAACGUGCCCUGCCCGCCGUGCUCCACCACGGCCACCACCAGUCUGCUGGCGGUGCCCACUUUGCCUUCCCUCCUGUCACCCGGGCUGCCGGCGCCGCAAGGUUUUCCCGUGGCCGUCUUUGCGCGGCCGAACGCGACGGCCGUGCACAGCCGCCCUCACAUCGUCGCGGCUGCCGCGCCAGAGCGACCCGCUUCGGAGCUCCACGAGAGGCGUCGUUCAAGAAGCGGCGACUCGUCGGAAGACGACUCGCCCUUGGAUGUGGAGAGCGAACACGGACGGUCGCCUGGCUUCAGCUGCUCGCCCGGCGCGUCGCAAGAUCGGAGCAGGCUGUGUGCUGCCGCGCGCAACUCGUAACUCCGUUGCGAACUCCGUCCUUAACGUUUCGAGCUAGGCGACGGUGUUGCAAUGCGCGCUUUGAAUUGCGCGGUGCGGUACGCUGGUGUACGAGUAGCGUAUACACGCCUGGCGGUGCAGUGCAAGCGUCGGGUGUCCCUCAUCGAAUAGGUGGAAGCAGGCAUCGAGGCAGCGAUCCCGUGUCAAACGCACCUUACUGCUUUGCUAUAAGCACUGAGCGAUUGGCGAACGCCCAGCUUUGCGAAGAGAAGCACUGUUCGAGGGGGUGGAAGGGCAGAGAAAGCUACGCCGUAGAACAGAAAUGAUGACUAUCGCUUACCUCCUCAGUAAUGACUAGCACCCGAGGUAUGUAAGGCACAGCAAAGUAAUCUGAGAGGUCAGAAAAUGGCGCGAGCCUGACACCAAAACUGAACUUACAGCUGCCAUGGGCAUGAUCACAUUAAUUCCACGUUCUGAUAGGGACGGAAAAAGAAAUCACGAAAGGAGAACACGGAAUACACUGGGAUUACAAAUUAAAAGAUCAGUUACUUACAGCACCAAUGCUAGGGUACGAAUCAAACAGCCAAAUGUAGCUAUGCCACUUUUAAGAAGUUGAUUAUAGUCCCGGUCACAAGGACCAUCUUUGGUGAAGGAACAGAAUGCGCUCUAGGGGCAAACAGAAGUCCAUCGUGACAAGCCCUUGCAGCGAAAGCCGUUGUUGGACGCUCUCUUCGGCAUCUCGCUAAAGGUGAUGACGACGGCGACCUAAACAGCAUGUCGGAUAUUCACUAAGGAUGAUGUACCAAGAAUCGAGCCAUGUAGACAAAAUGUUUUAUCAAAGCUGAAUAAAUGAUGACACGAAAAAGCGUGUGACGAGCUGA